AGUCGAGAAAAUGUUAACGCGCUUGCAGUCGCCGAAAUCGCAAAAUGCUGUCCUGGAAUCGCAAAAUGAAUUAUUUGUUUUCAUUCGUAAAACGCUUGAAAAAGAGGAAAAGUUGCUAGAUCCCGAUCUCACCCAAAUAAUCGAGGCCAUUGAUGAAUUUUUACUCCGAGAAAAAGAGAGUACAGAGACAAAGAAGGAGAAGUUUUCCGAGAACAAGCAUUUGAGAAUCUUAGACAAAUGUGGGAAUACGAUCAAAUUAGUUGGCGAGAAGGUAUCGAUCUUUUGUGAGAAAAACAUCAAAGUAGGUAUAGAAGUGUUAGAAGUUAUUGGAAAAUGUCAUUGGGCGGCAGUUGGUCUCGUACUGGUGGCCUCAGUUUUAGAAAAGAUGGAGACACAAAAAAGAAACAAGAAAGAGUGCGUGAUGCUUCUCAAGUCCAUGAAUGAUUUAGCCAAAAUAGUGUUGGAGCUCCAGCCUCUUCCUCACGAAACAGUUAAGACGCAAGCCAAAAUGAAGGAAGCUAUCCAUACGAUAAUCCAUGGAGCAAUCACUUGUUUUACAGGUUUGCAUAAGAAUGGGUAUCUGAUUGAUUUAUUUCUUGUUGGUUUCUUUGACUUUUAA